UGUCUUCCAAGCUUCUCUGUUCUUUCUCUCCCCUCAAAUUCCAAUCCUCACUUACACCUCCAAACCCGUAUCUCUCAACCAGAAAUCUCCGACUGCACCAAAACGAAAAUGAGAAGCGGAUCAGGGGAGACGAAAUUCGUACAGGAACUGAUUCUCUACGCUGCCAGCGCUGCUCUCAGCUGUUUGGUACUCUUCGUCGGCCUCAAGCAUCUCGACCCCAACCGCGACGCUGCUAAGAAAGCAAUCGAGCACAAGAAGGAAAUCGCCAAGCGUUUAGGCCGUCCUCUUGUUCAGACUAAUCCUUAUGAGGAUAUUGUGGCUUGUGAUGUAGUCAAUCCAGACCAUAUAGACGUGAAAUUUGAUUCCAUUGGCGGAUUGGAUGCCAUUAAACAAUCAUUAUACGAGUUAGUUAUUCUUCCAUUGCAAAGACCUGAGUUGUUCUCUCAUGGAAAGCUUCUUGGUCCGCAAAAAGGGGUGUUAUUAUAUGGACCACCGGGCACUGGGAAGACGAUGCUUGCCAAAGCAAUUGCAAAAGAAUCAGGAGCUGUUUUUAUUAAUGUGAGAAUAUCCAAUUUGAUGAGCAAAUGGUUCGGUGAUGCACAGAAGCUAGUGGCUGCUGUAUUCAGCUUGGCAUACAAACUACAGCCAGCUAUUAUUUUUAUUGAUGAAGUAGAUAGCUUUUUGGGCCAGCGGAAAUCGACAGAUCAUGAAGCACUAACUAACAUGAAAACUGAAUUUAUGGCAUUGUGGGAUGGUUUCACCACAGAUCAACAUGCUCGUGUAAUGGUUCUUGCUGCCACUAAUCGUCCAUCAGAACUUGAUGAAGCAAUUCUCAGGCGUCUUCCUCAGGCAUUUGAAAUCGGGAUUCCUGAUCGUAGGGAGAGGGUUUCGAUACUAAAAGUGAUAUUAAAGGAUGAGAAGGUUGAAGAUAACAUUGACUAUGAUUACAUAGCUACUCUAUGUGAGGGGUAUACUGGUUCUGAUCUUCUUGAGAUAUGCAAAAAGGCUGCAUAUUUUCCAAUCCGAGACUUACUUAAUGACGAGAAAAGUGGAAAAUCAUCUCAGGAGCCAAGGUCGUUAUCCCAAUCAGAUUUGGAGAGAGUCAUUGCCACAACAACCAAAACAAAGGUCGCUGCAAAUGAGUACAGCAGAUUAAGCUCACAAGGAUUGGGAUGGCCGAGACAGAGGGAACCAGACGAUUAUCAAGUCCAAGCUGCUAUCAAUGAGCUAUCCAAGCUCGUUGUUUCCCAAAUUCUGAAUCUUCAAUCAGACAAUCAGGAUUCUUAAUAUUCACAGGAUGGAUGGUAUGGAUCAUAAUUUUGUUGUAGGGUUGUUUCCAUUGGCAUUUGCAUAUAUGAAAUUAAGCAGAGCAAGUAUUUAUGGCCACUCCUUAAUCAUAUGUUAUUAUGUUUGAUCUUCUCUUCUAAGUACUAUAUGCUUAUAGGGCCCAUCAUCAUAUUGUUGGUCUGCUGUCCAUUGUCGUCGUCACUCUCUUGCAUUCACUGAUGACACGUCCCAAUUUUGACGGCAGUGUCAUUCAUAUGUUGAUGACAAGUAAGUUGUUUUUAUGCCUCGACGGCUUGCGUAAACUUAUUUCGAGUUGAAUGAUGUCGGAAAGAAAGAAAUAAGGUAUAUGUACAUCACUCACCUAUGUUAGGCAGAUUACUAAUGUAAUUGUGUCGUGUAUCUUCUGGAAAUUCAGAUUCUUAAUUUUGCCUUAUCUGUAGCACUCAAUUGUGAUUAGGUACACAAACUCAGGUAGUCUAAUUUUGUAUUGGAUUCUAGUUUUAAUGGAAAAACUUUAAAACA